UGCUUGCUAGAUUCAAAUGUGGUAUUUGUAGUUUCACAUUAUCUUCACUUCAAAACUCCAUCCAUGGCUAGGGGAAAUCCAACCCUCCCUAUACGUUUCUUCAAGAUUAUUCUUCAAACUAAUCUUCAAAAGAUUAAAAUACCCAAUAAUUUUACAAGGAGUUAUGGAUUUGGUCUAUCAAAUCCAGUGUUUAUCAUGCUUCCUGAUGGAACUAAAUGGAAAGUGUAUUGGAAAAAAAUCAAUGGUGAGAUUUGGUUGGAAAAGGGUUGGAAAAAAUUUACUGAAAAUUACUCUCUACAACAAGGGUGUUUGGUGGUGUUUGAAUAUGAAGGAGUUUCUAAGUUUGAUGUACUCAUACUUGACCAAACUGCAGUAGAAAUAGACUAUUCUUCAUGUCACACUUUUGAUGAAAAUAAAAAUCUUGCUCAUAGUGAUGAUGAUUCAAUUGAGAUUUUGGAUGAGUUGCCAAAAAAAAAGACUAGGCAAAGGUCACCAUUAGUUUCUCCACGACCACUCAAGAAAGUUAGAGGUGAGACAGAGAAGACUGCAAAAAGAACUUCAUCAUUGAAUUGGCCAAAAGGAGCUAGAGCUCAAGAAAUAUCUAAAAAAUUCAUCUCAUGCAAUCCUUUUUUCACACGUCUCAUAAAGACUAUUAAUAUGGUAGAAAACCGGCUGUAUGUACCAGAUUUAAAAGGGAUAAUUGAGAACAAGGAGAAGAAUGUGAUGCUGCAGAUUGGUAAAAGAUCAUGGAAUAUGAAAUUGCUCCGAUUUAGGUCUAACAACGGUCGUCGCUUUUCGUCCGGUUGGUCGCUGUUUGCAAGACAAAGUGGACUGCAGCCAGGAGAUGUUUGUGUUUUUGAAUUGAUAAACAAAAAUGAUUUAGUUUUUAAAGUUCAUGUUUUCAAAAGGGACAGUUAAUGUUUCUGUUUUGGUAAUGUUGUUUACACUUGAACUUAUAAGUAACACUUUCCUUUCUUUCAAAUGGGUGAACUUCUUAUAUUUUUAUUAUCAAAUUUUAGAAACAUUGAAAUUGUUAUUUUUGUUGGAAAAUUCAAUAAAAUGUUGAGGGUGGAAAUGGAUCAUCAAACUCUUAACCUCUCUUAUCACUUGUAAAAUAGAAAAUAAUAUGAUUAGUGUGUGAUUAGUUUUGGUCUGUAUAUUCAAUAUUAGU